GUGACUCGAUACAAUCAACACAUUAUUCAAUAACAAAAAAAAAUCAAUUCAAUAACCCAAUUACGUCUCUUGACCAUUUUGGAAAAACAUACUUUACCAUCGCCCGUAAAAAUGAAAGGAGUGUUUCAUUAUUUCGAUUACUAUUACGAUGCCCAUAAAUACAAACUCGCUAACGAUUCGUCCGAUGAUGAUGUUGAGUUGGAAAGGUUUGCUAACAAAUCGUCUAAGUCAUCGAAAAGAUCGAAUAAUGCUCGGCCUUUUGAAUAUCUGAUUUGCCUUGAUUUUGAAGCGACGUGCUGGGAUAAAGUAGCAAUGGAUGUUCGUAUAAAGGAACAAAAACAAGAAAUAAUCGAGUUCGGCGCUGUGUUGGUCAACCUUCGUAGCGGUGCAGUUGAAGCCGAAUUUCAUGAAUAUGUUCGGCCAACAAAUCAGCCGAUUCUCUCCAAAUUCUGUACGAAUUUGACUGGUAUUACUCAGGCGUUGAUUGAUCGUCAGCAACCAUUUCCGGUUGUUUAUCGAAAGUUCGAUAAUUGGUUGACUGGAAUCCGCACUGAAAAGCAAUUAGGAUUUGCAAACCCAAGCAUGCGAACUGGAAAUCAUCGCAACACAACAUUCUGCUCAUGGACAAACUGGGAUUUGGGAAAAUUUUUCAAAUGGGACUGUGCACGCCAUGGAAUACGGCAACCAGGUUACUUCAGAGCAUGGAUCGAUGGUCGAAAGGUUUUCACGAACAAAUUUCCACGUCGACAGAUCAAUUUCGAACAAGCUUUGCGACAAUUGAAUGUCCCUCGCACUGGUGAUGCACACUCAGCAAUUGGUGACGCAAAAACUUUAGCUAGUUUAAUGAAUCGAUUGAAGGAAAAAGGUACACGAAUUUGUAAAGUAACAUCACCUGCUCGAGCAAAGUAUUAA